ACAAAGAAGUACUAAAUUCACUACUACUUGUGAAUUCCGAACACUUCCUACUAUCCUAAUGGCAGCUACCAAGGCCUCUCUAGUCCUCUUCCUAACCCUAAACAUCCUCUUCUUCAACCUCGUCGCCUCUUUCGUCGCCUCUUGGCCUCCCCCAAAGCCCUGCCCAUGCCCACCAAAGCCCGGCCCAAGCCCACCAAAGCCCGGCCCAAGCCCAUCCACGGGCAAGUGUCCCAUUGAUGCACUCAAGCUCGGAGUGUGUGCUGAUGUUCUCGGCAGCCUUCUCAACGUCACCAUCGGCAACCCACCAAAGAAGCCAUGCUGCUCUCUUCUCGGCAAUCUUGUCGACCUUGAGGCCGCUGUUUGCCUAUGCACAGCAGUGAAACUCAACCUUCUCGGCCUCAACCUCAAUAUUCCUGUUGACCUGAGCCUCCUACUUAACUACUGUGGAAAGAAGUAUCCCAAGGGAUUCCAGUGCCCAUAAAUGACAUGGUCGUGAAAUUUGCUUGAUCUGCUUGCGUGGUGAUUUGUUACAUUAUUCUCGAUGCAUGUUAUUGUUUGUAUUUGUUUUUGUUUCUGUUUUUAUGUUUGGUUGCUGUAAAGGGUGCUAGCUAGCGUGCGAGUGUGUGCAGGCUAUAUCUGUUAUGUAUUCCAAAUUUUAUAAAUAAAAAAAAUUUGUUGUGCUCUA